GCGUGUUCCGCUCCGGUUCCUCGCUUCAUCAUAAACGGACACUUCACCGUGAAAACGGGACGUUAACGUCUUCCGGUGGCUCGUCCUGUCCCCGGUUUGCAGCCGUUACUGUUGUUUCUAACAGUCCCCGGGAGAAGCUGACUUUCUAGCGGACCGGUAAACUCCGCUGACAGCGUCCAUGCUGAUCCCCACACAGGGCCAGGUCUGGGAUGAGCCUGGGGGAGUGUAGUGUCAGCAGGAGGCUGCUGUCUGCUGCCAUGAAGCCGCCCUGCUCUGUCUACUGCUGCCUGUGGUUCCUCCUGCUGCUGGGAGCUGGAUCUCUGCUGCUGCUGGUCCACCUGCAGGACCUGACCGACACCGUCCAACAGCAGACCCCAGGUGUGAACGUGCUGGUGGCUCCCAGGUGGCCUGUAGAGAAGGACAUGGAGAGCGACGGAGUCUCAGCUGCAGAGCAGAGUGACGGAGGUGACGGAGGUGACGGAGGUGACGGAGGUGACGGCGUGAGGUCAGAGGUCUUUGACCUCAGACCGCAGCAGGCGUCUGCCUCUGCCUCCGAGUUCGACGACUCUGCGGUUGUGUCCAAACAGCCGGUCACCAAACGUCACAGGAAGCUGCUUCUGAAGAGCAGCCUCGCCGCCUCCAGCGCCUCCGCGUGUGGGGAGGAGGAGCAGCAGCUGAAGCUGGCCAGGACACAGGAAUCCCGCCGCCGCCUGCUGAGCGAAGUCUGUACCAAAUACCACCCGGGCGUCACAGAACAGCCGGUCUCUCAGCGUCAGGUGUCGCGGGUUUACGUGGAGGACCGGUCCCGGCUGCUGUACUGCGAGGUGCCCAAAGCCGGCUGCUCCAACUGGAAACGGGUCCUGAUGGUACUGGGCGGCAGCGCCUCCUCCACCAGAGACAUACCUCACGACGCGGCACAUUACGCCAACCACCUGCGGCGGCUGGAGAGCUACGACCGCGCUGGCAUCACAGAGAGACUCCGCUCCUACACCAAGGUGCUGUUCGUCAGGGAGCCCUUCGAGCGCCUGGUGUCAGCCUUUCGGGACAAGUUUGAGAGUCCGAACUCGUACUACCACCCCGUGUUCGGACGCCCCAUCAUCUCCAGAUACCGCACCAAUGCUACGCGCACCGCACUGCGCACUGGCGCCGGCGUCACCUUCAGGGAGUUCGUCCAGUACCUGUUGGAUGUGCAUCGGCCGGUGGGGAUGGACAUCCACUGGGAGCCGGUCAGUCAGCUGUGUAACCCCUGCCUCCUCAGCUACAACUUCAUCGGGAAGUUCGAGAGUCUGGAGGAAGAAGCCAACUUCCUGCUGCAGAGCGUGGGCGCGCCCAGGAACCUCACCUUCCCCGCUUUCAAAGACAGGAACCCCCUGGCUGAGAGGACUUCCUCCAUAAUCACCCAGAAAUACUUCUCACAGCUCAACGCCACGGAGCGGCAGAAGGCCUUCGACUUCUACUACAUGGACUACCUGAUGUUCAACUACCCCAAACCCUUCAAAGACCUGCACUGAGCAUCAGGCACGAACCAUAAUGCACUGCAGCGCUGCCAUGUUGAACACAGCGGACAGUCAGAGCUGAGCUCUGGGUGAUGACAGGAACAUGGCUGCAGGAUGUUUUAAUGCUGCAGUCACUGAGACUGAGACUGAUGUUUCUGGGUCCAGAUGUUUUCCCCGAUCAAGGUGUUUUCUUCUGGGUUUUAAAUCUUUCUGUCGUGAUGCAGUUUCAUGUUUCAUCAGACCGCUUUGUUUGUCAAACCAUUUCAAACAGGAAGUGACAGUUUUUAUAGAAAUCAAUGUCCAGAUUAACGCCUGAACACCAGCUGUGUCCACAUGACGUCCACGUGACGUCCACAUGACGUCCACUCAGGUUGUUUAUUUAUGUGUUUGUUUUAUCAGAUUUUUUACGGUGACAUCUUGAGAUGUUUUGUUUUGUCCGACCAACAGUUCAGUCAGUUCACUGUCACAUGAGUCAGAAGAAGCACAAAAGACACUUUGGAUAAGUUGUGAAUUAUUCUUCGACAGAACUGCACAUAAACCUAUCAGACAAGCUAACGUUUUACAAAAGCUAACGCUGAUAGUGAAAGUAAUCUUAACAGAGAAGCUAAGGUUCACAGAAGCUAAUGUUCACAGAGAAGCUAACUUUUGCAGAAAAGCUAACUUUUGCAGAGAAGCUAACUUUUGCAGAGAAGCUAAUGUUUUACAGAAGCUAACAUUCACCUAGAAGCUAACUUUUGCAGAGAAGCUAACAUUCACAGAGAAGCUAAUUUUUGCAGAGAAGCUAACGUUCACUGGGAAGCUAAUGUUUUACAGAAGCUAAUGUUCACCUAGAAGCUAACUUUUGCAGAGAAGCUAACAUUCACAGAGAAGCUAAUGUUCACUGAGAAGCUAAUGUUUUACAGAAGCUAACGUUCACUGGGAAGCUAACAUGCUCAUCUUCCAUGUUUACACUCACAUCACAAACUAACAGUGUCCAGACACAAACACAAGACUCAGACUUCUCCUUUGUUCAUCUUCAGAUGAGCUUCAGGAAGAGACUCAGCUGGGACUGAACUGUCGUCUCCUGAUGAGACAUGUGGACAGGUGACACAGCUGGUGGACAGGUGAGGAUCUCUGUCAGCGGGACAGUAGUGAAGCUGUGGUCAUGUUGUUGUCAUGUUGUCGAUGGACAGAACACUGAAGGUUUGGUUUGCUGACUCUUCGUCUUCGCUCUGACUCUCUUUGCCAAACUGACGCGACCUCACCUCUGAGCCUUAACACUGCCAUCUCACCU